ACACUGGCAGUUUCCUUAACAGCUGGCUUAUCUUAUCUGCUUCUGUGGUAUUUUUUGGGUACAUUUUAAGUAUUGCAUUGUUAAACUCGGGUUCCUGAGUCCAGUGGCCGUGAUUUGUGCAUCAACCAGUUGGAAGAGAGGGAGCAGUUGAUCUGCGAAUAGUUCCACGCGCUGGAACCCAUAGUUUGCAUGCAUUGCAUUUAGUCUGGCGAUCGGUUGGCGUGGCGUGUGGAACAACCUGUGGCAGCCAGCGGGAAAGUACUGGAUUCGAUUGGAAUCAAGGCGUUCGGACGGGACAGGAUGAGCUGCUUUAGUGCGAUGAGUGCCCCGCUGCUGGGCGAGAUGGAACAGACCAUUGGGAUGCUGGAGCGCGGCACCAUCGUUACCAAGUUGUAUGGAAAACAGCGUCGUCCAGAUCGCCGCCACCUGAUGCUCAUCCGAGAAACCCGACAGCUGCUCUGGGCUACGGUGGCCAGCCAAACGCCACGCACCGACUACGAGGGCGCCAUACAACUGCGGGAGAUUCGCGAGAUACGGGUGGGCAAGCACUCCAAGGAGUUCCGCCUGUUUGCCGACGAUUGCCAGCGCUUCGAGUCCAGCAAAUGCUUUGUCAUUCUGCAUGGCAAUCAUUUCAAGCUGAAGAGCUUCUCGGUGGUGGCUCUGUCGGAGAUCGAGGCCGAUAAUUGGGUGCGGGGAUUGCGUUACAUGGUUAAGGACACUCUGGGAGCACCCUAUCCCUUGCAAAUUGACCGCUGGCUGCGUCGCGAGUACUACCAAAUCGAGAAUGUUAACACGCAUUCCGCCAAGGCCACGGAACAGUCGCCAGCCCAGGUGACAAUCAAGGACUUUAAGCUCUUUUUGGCGGGAGUUAGCUGUAAGAUGACCACCGGCAAGUUCAUGGAGCACUUUACCGAGGAUGUGCGGCGCAAGCACGAUCUCAAGUUUGACGAUUUCUCGCGGUUCUAUCAGAAGUUGCUGCUGCCUAACGGAUUUGCCGGCGUCUUGUCGGGAUCGGGAGUGGCCAACUUUCCCUAUUCGGAGGACCAACAGGUGGUACGGCCGAAUGAAUUGAAGCAGUUCCUGGAGACGGAGCAGCGCGAUGUGAGCGCCAGUGAGAUCAGUAACGCAGCCAUUGCCUCCUUCAUUCGGGACUUUGUUCAGGACGUGGAACGGGACGUCCAAGAGCCGUAUCUCACCUUCUCAGAGUUCGUAGACUUUCUGUUCUCCAAGCAGAACGACCUGUGGAACAGCAAAUACGACCAAGUGUUCAUGGACAUGAACUUGCCGUUGUCCUCCUACUGGAUCGCAUCGUCGCACAAUACCUACCUGACGGGGGAUCAGUUCUCUAGCGAAUCCUCCUGCGAGGCCUACGCCCGCGCCCUUCGCAUGGGUUGCCGCUGCAUCGAGCUAGACUGCUGGAACGGGCCCGACAACCUGCCCUAUAUAUUUCACGGCCACACCAUCACCUCCAAGAUCAAGUUCAUGGACGUCAUAAAGACGAUCAAGGACCACGCCUUCACCAGCUCCGAGUAUCCGGUGAUUCUGUCCAUAGAGCAGAACUGCUCCCUGGAGCAGCAGCGGAAUAUGGCGCAGGCCUUGAUCGAGGUUUUCGGCGAUAUGCUGCUUACGCAACCUUGUGAUCGGAACGAGCAGCACUUGCCCUCGCCAUACCAGUUGCGUCGCAAGAUAAUCCUGAAGCACAAGAAGUUGCCGCAGUUCGACGACAUCACCAAUGGGAUUUCUGGCACGGGUUCACUGGGCCAUAGAUCCUCGUUGGGAGGAGCGGGCGGCGGAGCACAUGGGGAGAACGAUGGCGAGAAUGUGCGCAAGGUGUUCAAGGAGGGAUUGCUCUACUUCAAGGAUCCGGUCGAUAAGUCCUGGAAUCUGUACCAGUUCGUUCUGACCCAUCAGGAGCUGAUCUACUCCUCUGAAAUCAACGAGUCACGCAACGGAAACUCGGAGGAUGAUGACUUUGGGCUUUCUUCUUCGUGUUCCCUGAACAGCAACAUGCAGCAAAAGCAGAAGGAUACCUCGGCCAACGAUGAGCUGCACUUUGGGGAGAACUGGUUCCAUGGAAAACUCGAAGGUGGCAGGAAGGAGGCGGAUGAUCUACUAAAGAAGUAUAAACAUUUUGGCGAUGGAACAUUUCUAGUUCGGGAAUCGGCAACGUUUGUGGGUGACUAUAGUCUCUCGUUUUGGCGACGAAAUCGCCCGAAUCACUGCCGCAUUAAGCUAAAGCAUGAAAAUGGAUCAAUCAAGUACUAUCUAGUGGAGAAUUUUGUGUUCGAUUCGCUAUACUCACUGAUCGUUUACUACCGCAAGAAUAUGCUACGUAGCUCUGAGUUUUCGAUUAUACUAAAGGAGCCUGUUCCGCAGCCGAAAAAGCACGAGGAUCAGGAGUGGUUCCACCCGAACACCACCAAGGAGCAGGCCGAACAGGGCCUAUACAGGCUGGAAAUUGGUUCGUUUCUGGUGCGGCCAUCGGUGCAGAGCAUUAACGCUUUCGUCAUAUCCUUUACAAUCAAUCGGAAGAUCAAGCACUGCCGCAUUAUGCAGGAGGGACGUUUGUACGGCAUCGAUACGAUGAAUUUUGAGUCUCUGGUCUCGCUGAUCAACUACUAUACCCGAAACCCACUCUAUCGCAAUGUUAAGCUCAGCCAUCCGGUUUCUCAGGAGCUGCUGCGUCAGGCGCUAGCGGAGGCCGCCCAGGGCGAUCACAGUGGCAGCCACGACGACAACGGUGCCUCCAACUAUAUGGGCUCCAACCUGGAGGAGCACGUCACCUGCAAGGCCCUCUACAGCUACAAGGCGAACAAGCCAGAUGAACUCUCGUUUCCCAAGCAUGCCAUCAUAACGAAUGUCCAGAGGGACAACUCAAUGUGGUGGAUUGGGGAUUACGGGGGCAUGAUAAAGAAGCAUCUGCCGGCAAACUACGUUAAGGUUAUCGAUUCUACCACGGAGGAUUAUAACUCGUUGAACGAAGAAGGUACGGAUGGACGCACCGAUUCCAUUGAGAUUUUCGGAGCUGUUGCCUCGCUCUUCGAGUCCAACGAUCCGGGUAUUAUCUUCAAGCUGCAGAUACAAACGCCAACGAUGCAGAAUCCGUUUGUGAUUGGCUUCGACAACCAGGAGACGGCGUACGAGUGGAUAAAGGCAAUCCAGGAGGCAGCGCUCAUUGCCAGUCAGGUGGCAUCGGAGAGACGGAAAAAGGAGCGCACUGCCCGGGUGGCCAAGGAGAUGUCCGACCUGAUUAUCUACUUCCGCAGUGUGCCGUUCCGCGAACACUCGUGGAUAUUUCAGGAAAUGUCGAGUUUUCCAGAAACCAAGGCGGAAAAGCAGUUCUUCCAGCAGAACACACAACUGUUUCUCUCCUACCAUCGCAAUCAGAUCAGCAGAGUGUACCCGAAGGGUCAACGCUUGGACUCGUCGAACUUCAACCCCAUGCCAUUCUGGAAUAUAGGGUCACAGAUGAUCGCACUGAACUAUCAGACUGGCGAUAAGGCCAUGCAGCUUAAUCAGGCCAAGUUCCGAAACAAUGGACAAUGUGGCUAUAUCUUAAAGCCGUCGUUCAUGAAGUCUGAUAGCUUCAAUCCGAACAAUCCGCUGUGCGAUGGCCUAAGCGAAGUGAAAGUUAGCGUACGGCUGAUAGCCGCACGUCAUCUAUUUCGGGGCGGCAAAUCGAACAAUCCGCAGAUCGUGGUCGAAAUAGUCGGCGCUAGCUAUGAUUCAGGCGUUAAGUACCGCACCAAAGUCAAUGAGAAUGGUUUCAAUCCGGUGUGGAAUGAAUCGUGCGAGUUUAACGUGCGCAAUCCACAGUUCGCGAUUCUUCGCUUCGAAGUGCAGGACGAGGAUAUGUUCGCCGAGACGCACUUCAUCGCCCAGGCGUGCUAUCCGCUGACCUGCAUUCGCCAGGGCUAUCGCAGCGUCAUCCUGCGAAAUAAGUUCAGCGAAGAGCUGGAACUAUCGUCCCUGCUGAUCAACAUCAAGAUUGCAAAUGCCACUUCCCCGUAGGAGGAUUGUUAAGUUAGCUGGACCAUUAAUAUGUUUAGAGUGCAAACGAUGAUUCCAAAUCUAUAUGUACAUUGUGAAAUCAAUGUGCCUUGAAGGAAAGCAAAGCUUUUUCACAGAAGCAAUUUAUCAAACACUGUACAUUAGACCAUUUCAUCAAACUAUGACCUGAUUCUCCCACUCAUAACCAUCUAAAAACUUAAGCUCUGAAACGUAUGAUUUGGAUUUAGAUUAUGUUCUAUACACAUCAGCAGUUAUGGUAGUUCAUACUAUGCAGUGAGUAUUCAAAUAGUAAUUGGAACCAUAAAUUCGAAACUCCUGGAACUGAAAUCAAGAUUUUGUAAUCCCUGCGUAUAUUCUAUACUUUUCACAACAAUAAGCGUAGAAGUCUGUUGUUCUCUAAAUGUUUUGUUCAGGAGAACAAAAUAUUACGGAUAAGUCUUAACUAUCCGUCACCUCAUUUAAUAAUAAGCAAACCAGAAUGAUUUCAUUUCGAUUUAAGGAACUGUUUCCAUUUGGUUUUACUAUCAAAAGUUUUACAUCAAGCUGAUUCAAAAAUAAGAAACAAUCCCCAAACAGCUCAAAUGGAAUCAAUUUGAUAUUCAGUUUCAGAACAUUUUUAGUCCCUUUACAGCUGAUCAGCUUUUUAUAAGUAUUAUAUUACAUUCUUCUUAAAGACUUUUAAUUGAAGAAAAUAGACCACUUGUGAGCACAUAAGCAUAUUGAUUAGCUAUCAUUUGUGACCACCC